AUGAUAGGUUUUGAUUUUUUUGCAAGCUAAAUAUAGCUAAGAUUUCAAGGUAACAGGGCUUAUAGAACUCCAAUUGGUUAAUUUUUCACAUUUCUGAUUAUCUCCAUUGUUACUGCGAGGCUAAUUGUAAUGGUAAAUACAAUUUAUAAUAGGACUGAGCCAGUUGUACUUUAUAAAGAAAGAUAAAUUGAAUCUCCCAGAUAAUUUACUAUGAACAACAAAACUCUACCUUUUGCUUUUGGGAUGGAAGAUGGAAUAACUUUUUAAAAUUUUAUUGAUCCUUCAAUAUAUACAGUUGUUGCAUAUUAGCAAACAAAAAAUACAAUUGUUAAUUCAUAAGGAGUUUCUUAAGAAGUAUGGACAAGAGUUAACGCUACAGUCCAAAGAUGCACAGAACAAAACUUUUAAAACCCAUUAACUAAAAAUGGAUUUCUCAAACUACCAAUAAAUGAUUUAUAUUGCAUCUAACCUCAGCUUGAAUAAGUUAUUGAAGGAGAUUUUAUUUAAGAAACAUUUUCUUAAUUUAUAAUAGAAGUUUAUCCAUGCUAAGGAUAAGGCUGCGGUGAUGUGAAAAAGCUAGGAAAAGGAUAUUUUACUAUAUACUUUUAAGAUAUUGUGGUUGAUCCUGAAGAUGACUAGAAUCCAUUUAAAUUCUUUAACAGAGAUUUAUUUUGGACAACAUCAAUAGAAUUUACACAACAAGCUAUUAUGUAUUUUCGAAACAACUACAUUUACAGUGAUUAUGGAUGGAUCUUUUAAGACAUUAAAAAAUAAAGUUAUAUAAGUUACAGUUCUUAGGAAGUAUCACUCACUUUUGGAACUCCAUAUUUUUUAUAACUUGUUAUGAGGUUUGAAAAGCAGAAAGAAAGCGUUUAUACGAGAUCUUACCUAAAAUUGAAUGAUAUUUUUUCUUAAAUGGGAGGUUUCUUUUAAACAAUGAUGGCUAUUGGCUUUAUUUUAUGUGGUCAAAUAUCUAACCUUAUGCUUAACAAAUCAAUUAUAAACCAAGCAUUUAAUUUUUAGCUUUUUAAUAACCCAAAAAUUUCUUCAUAAAAUAAUAAUUAAUGCAAUAAUUUAAACAAUAAAUAAAACGAAAGCAAUGAAGAAAUAUCCAAAUUUGAUAAAAUAUAGCAAAAUAGCUAUAGUAUAAAUCCUAUUUUGUAAUCACCAAAUUUUCAGUAAAAAAAUUCAUAGAACCUGUUAUAAGAUUAACUUUAAAAACAAUAAAAGAGCUUAAUUCUUUAAAAUUAGAGUAGUUAAAUGAAAGAUUAACAAGAAAAAAAUCCAGACAUGACUCUAAUUAACUAGAAAAAUGAAUCUUUUAUUCAUUCUCAAAACUAAUCACCAAUGCGUUAUUAAAAAAGCAAUAACUAAAUCUUUUUAAGCUAAAUUAUUCAGCGAAAAAAAGCAAAUUUGAAUAAAGAAGCAUCUCAAGGGAUAAUUAAUGAUAAUAAAAAUGUGAACUAAGAUUAAUCUAUAACAAAAGCUAGAAAAAGUGAAAUUAAAUAAGACGAUUUACCAGAAAGUAUAACGAAUAAAAAAUUUAAAUAGCUAUUUCAAUAAGAGACAAAUAGCAUGUAACUUAAUAUCUGGGAAUACAUAAAAUACUUCUUUUGGCCUUUUGGAUAAAUUAAAAAGAAGAAGCAGAUUAUAGAUUACAGUAUUUAAAAGCUAUAUUACCAUAUAGAUUUAAUUUAUUUAGUUAAGAAAUUGAUAGAAAUUGAAAAGCUCAAAUAGCUUUUAAUGGAUAGCAAUUAAAUUAAGCUCUUUGAAUACCUUCCCAAGCCAACAAUUAAAGAUGAUGAUGUCUUUAAGAUUAAAAAAGGCAACAAAGAAGAUUAAGAUUAAUCAUAAUAAGAGUAUAAUAUACUCUACUAAGACGAUAGAUCAGAAAUCGAAAAACUGUAAGAUGCAUAUUAAGCUUACUUAAAUAUCUAAAAGAGAGGCUAAAAAAAUUAAUUAGAUUAAAAAUUACUUUCCAAUUUAGAUCCUCAACUUUUAAAUUUAUUCAACUAUAAAAAUGAUUAGGAGGAAGAAAUUUAGGAAAAAUAGAACCAUUAAAAAUAAGGAUAUGAAACUAAAUAGCAAAAGCAAAUACCAUAAAGGGAUAGGAGUGAAAGUAAGCUAAAAUUCACAAAUAAAUAAAAAUAUUUAGAGGACGAAAAAUUUAUAGAAAUGUUUUCUAAUUGUUCAACAAAGAAUAAAAAAUUGAUAAAUAAAAUAAACGAAGAUAAAUAAUUUGAUGAUCUUGAUACUGAAGUUAGAAUUCCUAUGGAAGCAAUAAAUUAAAAUAAAAUAUUUAAAGAUUAUUUCCAAAAAAAAUACUUGAACUCAUUAUAUUGA